AGUCGUCUAACGUCGCCUCAAACGACCCAAUGUCCGGCGGGCCGCAAUAUUUGCCAGGAGUCAUGAAUUCUACCAUUCAACAGCAACCACAGAGCGCAACAUCGUCGUUUCUGCCAAGUGGACCGAUUAGUUCGACGUCCACCUCCUCGCAAGUUGUUCCAACAUCUGGAGCCACCCAGCAGCCGCCUUUCCCGUCGGCACAAGCGGCUGCGUCAACAGCGCUCCAAAAUGAUCUAGAAGAAAUAUUUAAUUCUCCGCCUACUCAGCCACAAACAUUUAGCGAUGUUCCUCAAAGACAAGCCGGAAGCCUGGCUCCAGGAGUUCCCAUUGGUAAUACAAGUGUCUCAAUUGGAGAACCAGCAAAUACACUUGGAGGCGGUUUACCAGGCGGAGCACCGGGACAAUUACCUGGCGGCAACCAGAGUGGUAUUCAAUUCCAAUGUCCUCGACGCCCAAACCACGGAGUUGAGGGUCGCUCAAUUCUUCUUCGCGCCAACCACUUUGCAGUGAGAAUUCCUGGAGGAACUAUUCAACACUACCAGGUCGAUGUUACUCCAGACAAGUGCCCAAGAAGAGUUAAUCGCGAGAUUAUCAGCUGCUUGAUAAGCGCAUUCUCCAAGUACUUCACUAAUAUUCGCCCUGUUUACGAUGGAAAGCGCAAUAUGUACACCCGCGAGCCCCUUCCAAUUGGAAGAGAACGUAUGGAUUUCGAUGUCACACUUCCUGGAGACUCCGCCGUUGAGCGUCAAUUUUCGGUUUCUUUGAAAUGGGUCGGACAAGUUUCUCUCUCCACUCUGGAGGAUGCCAUGGAAGGAAGAGUUCGCCAGGUUCCAUUCGAAGCCGUUCAAGCUAUGGAUGUCAUUCUUCGUCAUCUUCCAAGCUUGAAAUACACUCCUGUCGGACGUUCAUUCUUCUCGCCACCAGUUCCUAAUGCUUCUGGAGUCAUGGCAGGAUCAUGCCCUCCCCAGGCUUCUGGAGCUGUCGCAGGAGGUGCCCACUCCGCUGGACAAUAUCACGCCGAGAGCAAACUCGGGGGUGGCCGUGAAGUCUGGUUUGGAUUCCAUCAGUCGGUUCGCCCAUCUCAGUGGAAAAUGAUGCUUAACAUUGAUGUCUCUGCGACUGCUUUCUAUCGUUCCAUGCCAGUCAUUGAGUUCAUCGCCGAAGUUUUGGAGCUUCCAGUUCAAGCUCUUGCUGAGCGUCGUGCUCUAUCUGAUGCUCAACGUGUCAAGUUCACCAAGGAAAUUCGUGGUCUCAAAAUUGAAAUCACCCACUGUGGACAAAUGCGCAGAAAGUAUCGUGUCUGCAACGUCACUCGUCGUCCAGCUCAAACUCAAACUUUCCCACUUCAAUUGGAGACUGGUCAAACUAUUGAGUGCACUGUCGCCAAGUAUUUCUAUGACAAGUACAGAAUUCAACUCAAAUACCCACACUUGCCAUGCCUCCAAGUUGGACAGGAACAAAAGCACACCUACCUGCCACCAGAGGUGUGCAACAUUGUUCCAGGACAACGUUGCAUCAAGAAGCUUACGGAUGUGCAGACAUCGACAAUGAUUAAGGCUACAGCUCGUUCUGCUCCAGAACGUGAGCGUGAGAUUUCCAACUUGGUCCGCAAGGCCGAGUUCUCAGCUGAUCCAUUUGCUCACGAAUUCGGAAUCACCAUCAACCCAGCAAUGACUGAAGUCAAGGGACGCGUUCUUUCUGCUCCAAAACUUCUCUACGGUGGACGCACUCGAGCCACCGCUCUCCCGAAUCAAGGAGUUUGGGAUAUGCGUGGAAAACAGUUCCACACUGGAAUCGAUGUUCGUGUCUGGGCGAUCGCUUGUUUUGCUCAACAACAGCAUGUCAAGGAGAACGAUCUCCGCAUGUUCACCAACCAGCUUCAGCGGAUUUCCAACGACGCUGGUAUGCCAAUCGUCGGAAAUCCAUGCUUCUGCAAGUACGCUGUUGGAGUCGAGCAGGUUGAGCCAAUGUUCAAGUACUUGAAACAAAACUACUCUGGAAUUCAACUUGUAGUGGUUGUUCUCCCUGGAAAAACUCCAGUUUAUGCUGAAGUUAAACGUGUUGGAGACACAGUUUUGGGUAUCGCCACCCAGUGCGUGCAAGCCAAGAACGCAAUCCGAACAACUCCACAAACUCUUUCUAAUUUAUGCUUGAAGAUGAACGUAAAGCUUGGAGGAGUCAACAGUAUUCUGCUUCCAAACGUACGCCCAAGAAUCUUCAACGAACCAGUCAUUUUCUUUGGAUGUGACAUCACUCAUCCACCAGCAGGAGACUCUCGCAAACCAUCCAUCGCAGCAGUUGUCGGCUCAAUGGAUGCUCAUCCUAGCAGAUAUGCUGCAACCGUCCGUGUCCAACAACAUCGUCAAGAGAUCAUCUCAGAUUUAACCUACAUGGUCCGCGAGCUUCUUGUUCAAUUCUACCGCAACACUCGCUUCAAGCCAGCCAGAAUCGUUGUCUACCGUGAUGGAGUUUCUGAGGGGCAAUUCUUCAACGUUCUUCAAUAUGAGCUUCGCGCGAUUCGCGAGGCUUGCAUGAUGCUUGAAAGAGGAUAUCAACCAGGAAUCACUUUCAUCGCCGUCCAAAAGAGACAUCACACUCGUCUCUUUGCUGUUGAUAAGAAGGAUCAAGUCGGAAAAGCAUACAAUAUUCCGCCAGGAACUACUGUCGAUGUAGGAAUUACCCACCCAACCGAGUUUGACUUCUACUUGUGCUCUCAUGCUGGUAUUCAAGGAACAUCUCGUCCAUCCCAUUACCAUGUUCUUUGGGAUGACAACAAUCUGACAGCCGACGAACUUCAACAGCUCACAUAUCAAAUGUGCCAUACCUACGUCAGAUGCACACGAUCCGUUUCAAUUCCAGCGCCAGCAUAUUAUGCUCAUUUGGUAGCGUUCCGCGCUCGUUAUCAUCUUGUCGAUCGCGAGCAUGACUCUGGAGAAGGUUCUCAGCCAUCUGGAACUUCCGAGGAUACCACCUUGUCGAACAUGGCUAGAGCUGUGCAGGUUCAUCCGGAUGCCAACAACGUCAUGUACUUUGCUUAAACUAGGAAUCUGCCUAGGAAUCGACUUCAUAGAUAGCUAUUACUCACCAACUUGCUCUAACAGAAGACGAGUAUUGAAUAUUGUCAUGUCUACCUAAUAUCUAUCUUGAUAAUUCUGUGUCUUUAUCUGUAUCUGUAUCUCCAUUCAAAUUGAUUUCAAUAUGCUACAAUGUUAUAAUGUUUUUCUAUAAUCGGACUCUUAUGUUUUCAAAUUCCAUAUUUAAUUUGUAAUUCUAAUUGCCGCUACCUCUCGUGUAACUGUUUUCUUUCUUCCAUCCAUUUUUCACUUCCCACAACCAAAAUGCCUUUACUUAGUGACUUUUCCUCUCAUCCUGGUAGCCUACAAAGCUUCAAAACCCAUUUAAUAUCCUUAAUAUUUUUCCUCGCAGUUGAUUACAUUGUCCAAAUGCACUGCUGUCGUCUUUCCACCUUGUAACCUCCGAGAGCACCGAGCACUACGACUCCUCUCUUCACACUCACAUCUUCUCGCUGAGCAAUCAUCUUGAAAUGCUUCUUUCUUCAACUUACGGGCUUGAUCUGUCAAAUUCCUUCCAAUUUCUCAUCGCCUACAGUAGUCCUAGUUGCGUUUGAUGUUGACCUAUUCGACUUCCUUCCCCAAACAACCAUUAAAAACAUUACGAGAAUGCUGAUGUUUUCUCCGCAAAAUAGCCGAAAUUUGGGCUAGAUUUUACUCUGCGCUCCUGGUGAGUCUUGUAUGUUCUUGCACUUCAAAUCCACACGUAUGUGGCAGUUUAUGGCUUUCAAUGCUGAAACACAUAUACUGAUGGACGCCUGGAACACUUGACCACCCAUCAAGACGUGAUCGGUAAAAUUUACUCUGGGUGUCUUCUAUUUUCGUGCAGAGUUCUGCAUUUGUUAUGGCAUUAACUUCGUGAUUGUUCACUUCACUCACAUAUUUGAAAAUUCUGACGCAAUAUUUAUCACCUUCAGUUGAAUAUUUUUGCAUUGUGCUACAAUCUUUCAUUUUUUCUUGAACUCUCAAUACCCUGUCAUCAAAAAAAUCACCAAUAUAUCUUGUCAAGUGCAUCUUUCCAAUUGAUUCUUUCUUCAUUCACUCUCUCACUUUCUUUCUUGCAAAUACUAAUUUUUAGGGUUUUUAUUAUUUACAAAAUUAUUGUAACAUUUAAUUACUCUAACUUUAGGAUUUAAUCUUCAGUAAAUUAACUUACAAUUUUCCAACCCAAAAAAUAAUAUUAAAAAACUCCCCUCUUCACUUCAUUUCCACAAUUUGUCAUACUUUCAACAUCUCUACCUGACGUCCCCUAAGCUCUUAUAUUUUUGAUCCAGCUGCCUAACUAAAAAAAACUCGCUCUCAACCUCAACUUUUGUGUCUUACUGUAUUUCCAAACAAACCCUUUUCUCUUUCAAAACCCUUUCCCACUUCCCCCUGAUCCUGAUGUCUGAAAGUCUUCCCCCCACCCCACCCACAGAAAACCUUUUUCCGCAUUUGUGUUGUAAUUUGCAUUCUCAUGCAUUUUGUACAAUGUGUGAUUUUGUUUUUUUUCUUUGCAAAUGAAGCGAUGAGGGACCAAAA